CUCCGGGGUGAACAGUUGGUUUGGGGUUGCUGCCAGUUUUUAGGUAUCCACUGUGACUAAUUCAUAAAAAUUUUUGUUAAGGUUUCUGGUAUUCUGAAGUCAGUUAAUGAGAGUCGUUUAGAGCUAGUUGUCACAGACGUUUGUGCCCCCUUAAAAAAUGGCAGUGCCUUUCUCAAACACUCACCUGCGGGUCCCGCGAGGAUUUGGUACCAUACUAGAGGGACUGACCCGUGAAGUCCUACGAGACCAGCCUGAAGACAUCCCCAAAUAUGCCGCGCAGUACUUCGAAGCUCUUCUAAAAGAAAGACAAGAGAGUGGCAUGGACCCUGCCGAGUGGGCUGCUAAACUGGAAGAUAGAUUCUACAACAACCAUGCGUUCAAGAGCCCUGAGGUAGAGGAGUGCAGCCAGUCCCAGAAGAAGGAGGACAUUGUGGACAUCAUGGACAUCCCCCUGGAUGAUCCCGAGGCCAACAGGGCUGCUGCCAAAAUUCAGGCUGGCUUUCGUGGCCACAUGAUUCGUAAGCAGCUGAAGCCAGAGGUCAAAGAAGGAGAUAAGGAGGAGUGCAGCCGGCCCCAGGAGGAGGACAUCAUGGACAUCCCCUUGGAUGAUCCUGAGGCCAACAGAGCUGCUGCCAAAAUUCAGGCUGGCUUUCGUGACCGCAUGAAUCGUAAGAAGCUGAAACCAGAGGGCAAAAUAGAAGAGGAAAAGGAGGAGGGCAUCCAGCCCCAGAAAGAGGAGGACAUUGUGGACAUAAUGAACAUCCCCCUGGAUGACCCUGAGGCCAACAGGGCUGCUGCUAAAAUUCAGGCUGGCUUUCGUGGCCACAUGGAUCGUAAGAAGCUGAAACCGGAGGGCAAAAUAGAAGAGGUAAAGACUAACACUUCAAAAGAAACAGCAACAGAGGUGACCGUUUCCAAAGAAAAAUCAUUUGAGUCCCGAAUUGAAGACAAAUCAAGUCGUUCAGAUGAAAUCUCGCACCCUAAUGUCUCAAAAAAGACUGAAAACACAGACAAUGAAGAGUCAGUCUACAGGUUCCGAACAGCAGCUGCACAGUCAGAGGAACCGAGUGGCACAGACAACCAAAGCGAUCCAGCAGUAACUGUAUUUGAUCAAGUUGACAGGGCGGCUAAUAAAAUUGUUCCAGACCAAAAUAUACCUCACUUUGAGUUAGAGCCCACUGACUUGUCAUCAUUCAGAGGGCUGUCAAAUGUGGAUGUGUGUGCUCUGGAGUUAAUAGCAUCAGAAGAUGAGGAAGUUAACAAACAAGGACCAGCAGUUGCACACGAGGAGCUUGUCGAUUCAGGAGAAGAGGAAAAUACUGAAGUUGUAGAGCCAGUGGAAGUCAUUCAGUAUUCUGGCCUAGCUGAUGUGGAUGUGUGCGCUGCAGAGCUUGAAGGAACAGAGGGAACAAUGAAAGGAGCAACUGCUGAGAAUGUUACACGUGUUAGUGAAGAAAAUCUGAAACACCAGCCGGAGGACAUUCUUGUAAAAUCGUCAGUGGCUCAAGCUGAAAUCACUGAGAACAACCGAGAACAAGCAGAGGAUCAGCCAGACAAAGGAAACGAGGAAAGAACAGAGACUGAAGCUUAUUCUGGGGAGACUCAUGAAAGUGUAGCUCAUAGCAGGGGUAGCUUAGAUGGUAAUGUUAUUCCAAAGGAGGAUUCUUUGGUUGAAAUUAGCUUUGAAGAUGUUCCAGAAGCUCAGCAGAUUAGUAAGGCUGCGGAGAAACAGCCAGAGGAACAGAGUUCAACAAAUGCCUUACAGAUGGAUGUAUUAGAAAUGCGAGAGAAGGAAGAGUCAGAGGACACUACUGCAAUUCCAACUGGCCACUGUGUUGCUGAUACACAAGGCAGCCAUAAACAUGAAGCUGAAAAGGGAGUUAACAGGGCCAAAUGGACAGAUGACCUCAAUUUAAGUGAUGAUGAUGAUGAAAAGGAAAAAGGUGAGGACACCAGCUCAUUAAAUCAGCAUAGCACAGAGGCAGAAAAAGAGAACCAAGAGUAUGAAACCAAUCCUGCAAUUGAAAAUAAUGAGCAGCUAAGUGAGGCCAUAUUUCUCAAGAGUGAAGAUUCAGAAAAAGAGACAGGCUCAGAUGACCCUGAUUUCAAAGAAGGCCACAUGACAGAUGUGGUUGGAGGAGAUAUCGAAGAAACUCACAAGAAGGUUUACAGCAAGACAAGGGAUCAGGAAAUUAAUGAUGGUGGGGCGGAAAAUAAUUCAUCACAAGCAACCCAGUCAAAUACAUCAAUGGCUAGAAUGGGGGCAGAGAGAGAAGUCUUUGAGGAGAGAGCGCAACAUCCACCGGAGAACGAGGAGAGUCGGAUAACACUUGUAUGGUCGCAGCCAGAGGACACAGUGGAGGAAAAAGAGGUCACAUCAAAGGAAGGAGAGGAACUUGGAGAGGGGAUGACUGACUCUGAAAUACAAGAGAAAAGUGCCAUGAUGCAUGAGGAGGAGAAAAUCACGCUCCCUCACAGUGCAGAUUGGGCUGCUGAUGUCCACCAAGGAGAAGAAAGGCUACCUGAGGACACCACAGUGCAAGAGAGUACCGACAAGGAGGAGUGCAGCCGGCCCCAGGAGGAGGAGGACAUAAUGGACAUCCCCCUGGAUGAUCCCGAAGCCAACAGGGCUGCUGCUAAGAUUCAGGCUGGCUUUCGUGGCCACAUGACUCGCAAGAAGCUGAAGCCAGAGGACAAAACGGAAGGGGAGGAGAGACAGGAAGAUCGGGGGCAGUAGAGAGACGACACAUCUGUGCCAGAGCAGUGACACCCCUGUCCCGACCUGGAUGAAGAGAAAGAGGCAAAGCAAGGUAGUGAGAGACAGCCGGCAUACGCUGGCUAGGCUGGCUUUCAGGCAGACCUUUUUACCCCAGGAGUCUUUUUUCAACACAAAUUAGCAGUAGAAAAUGAACAGUUUUGAGGGUGUGUUAUGUGAAUCUUUUUUCCCCUUCUCUUUUUUUUUUUGUGAACUUUAACACUCCUUCUCUGCUUCUUCAGCAGCCUCAUCAGUACGGAUGUCUUUGACCCAGAAUUUGCAACUCACUGCAUGUACUUGUGAAACUUCUGGUAGUGUGCUAGUUUUUAGACGAUGAUCUGUGAAAGUGAAAAUGAAUGUCCUCUAAAUGCUAAACAGAGCUUUUUUUUCCUUUCUUUCUUUUUUUUAUGGAUGGAUCACUUCAUAUGCUCUGUGUGUAAACCUCGUACGCAUCACGUUGGGUGAUUAGUGGCUUAAAAAGACUUCUUAUUUUGCAUUGUUUCCUGAUGUGCUUGUAUCUUGACAGUUCUUGACCUAUUUGACUUGCUUACAAGACUGAUUAAAACAUCAAAAGAAAAGUAGCUAUGUAUGUUCUAUUUGUUUAUCCUUUUGGUCACAUGGUUAGUGAAAUCGUUCUUUCCACAUUUCCAAGCAUUUUCUAUAAAUCUGAUCUUCCAGAACAGUACGCAUGCAGUAAUUUACACUCCUCUUUAUUUGUUUCUCCAGAUGCAUUUGGUACAGCUUUAAAUAAUAACACACUGGUUCAGUAUGCUCUGUUGUGUUGGUGGGAUUUACUUGUUUGACUUCUGUUAAAUCGGGUGUGUAGAAAUCCUUUGUCCCUGUAUGCAGAGGCUUCAUGCUUAAAAAAAAAAAACAAAAAAAACACAAAAAAACUGAAUAGUACCUUGCUGAACUUCGGUGUAGAGACGUGGCAUUACACUAAUAAAUCCACCUUAAAUAUUCA